AUGGAGGACAACCCGCCCCCGAACGAACAUCAGCAGCAGUCAACGGACAGCAGUCGGGCCAAUGAGCCCGUGUGCCGGAUCUGCUACCGGCGCUCGGACACCGAGCAGGGUGGCCUGAUAGCGCCCUGCUGCUGCAAGGGCUCCAUCGGCCUGACCCACCAGAGCUGCAUGGAGCGGUGGCUGCGCGAGCGCAACACCGAGCAGUGCGACGUCUGCCUUCAUCGCCUCAAGGUGCUCAGGAAGCCACAGCCACUGCGCCGGUUCUUCGCGGAAGCCGACCACCGGAGGGACAUCGCUCGAAUGGUCCUCAACCUCGUCACGUGCGUCGGUGACUUCAUGGUUCUCACAUUCGCCUGGCUGUACGCCUCGGGCUACCUACGAGGCAAGGGAUGGCUGGUCUACGUUCUCCUGAUUGCGGCGCUCUUUGUGCAGACCGCCUUCUGGAUUGCAGUGGCGAUCAUCCGUGCCUGGACCUGCUAUGAGCCUAUUCGCAAGUGGCGGAAGCGCACGGCGACUGUGAAGCUGCUCGUACAAGGUUCGCAGGGUGCGUCAUCGGGGACGGACCUAGCGACGGCAGAGGAAGGCUCGGUGUCCGCGCUGCGCAAGACGUCUGAGGUCACUGCAUCCCCGACACCUCCUAUUGGAGAUCAGUAA